AUGCCGCCGAACGGGAAAAAAGGCCAGGCGCCAGCCAAGCCGCGCAGAGAUGUGCUUGCUUCGCUGCGCAUGGCGUCUAUGGAAGAAAUCUCCAAACCUCCGCUUCCAGCAGAGAUCAUGUCCUCGAUCAUCGACUAUCUCGGGCCCGUCGAUCUUAUCCGCACAGCUCGCUCUUGCAAAGUACUUCACGAGAUGGUGUAUGACGAUACCCGGUGGAUAGGACGUCUAAAGCGAAUUGGUUGCUGGGACGAAUCGGACGCGCGAAGGCAUAUUGAAGAGGUUUAUGGAACUAUUGCGGACGUGGAUACUGUCGAGCAGCAAGAAGCUGCCGGCCAGGAGGCUCGCACGGUCCCUGUAAUCAAGGUUGAGAAGGAUGUCAGCGCCAUCUCUGACGGGUUCGACAAGAUCGACAUGAGCAACACUGCUCGCGCAACCAAUCUACUAGACGAUGCUGCCGAUGACCCAGUGCUGGACGUCUUGAAACAGGCUCGGUCUAUUCGCGGUGAAGCUCGUCAGGAGUAUGGAAAAAUCCAUGCUGCGUUGGCACCCUUCUACGACAACAUUGGCAGCAAUGGGCCUUCGACCGAGAAUCUUGUUUUUACCCAAUAUAAAGAUCCGCAGGCGCAGGCUAAGAUUCUGGCACAAUUAUUGAAUUUCUCGAAAUGCGACUUGACUACCGGUUGGACCGAGAGAGUGGAUCGUCUUGAACGUGCGGUAUCGAUGUUCGAGACUGCCGCAUUGAAUGAAUUCCGGAACGCAUAUGAAAAGGACGAUAUUGAUGCCACGAUGCGCAAGUAUGCCCAUAUAUUAUGGACACUCAAUGGCGGAAGCUCUUCCAGGGAUCUCUUCAUCCAAUACAAUCAUUUGAUAACUCGCAAGUCCCAAUUGGGCAGCGUGGCCGAUUGCAUUCAUAGCUCUGGUCAAAUUAAGACUCAACAAACCCAAGCUUUCUUUACGCGCUUGAGUGUUGGCUACAAUGAGGAGGUGUCAAUCAUGAACCGGGUCUUUCCUUCCUCCCUGGAUGUGGCGACUCCGUUCAUGGAGAAGGUCGGACAAGACGUCCUCUAUCCUUUCCUAACCACCAUUUUCGAUGAGCUUCACCAGAGCAACUUGGAGUCCUAUCUCACGGCAAUCUCUGCUACAUUUAUACAGUGCAUGAAUCUCUCUGAGUCGUUGCUGCCAAUUCGGAACUCGGGGGACAAAUUCGAACAGUACCUCGAUUCUGUGGUAUGCAAGAUUUACGAGCCGCAUAUUGACCUAUAUCUGGCUGAGGAGCUGGAUCACUUCCGCAAGAUCUCUGAAGCCACUGUCUCCGAGUGGGACCGUCAACUUUCGGAGCAGGCUGCCUCGACAGAAUCUUUCUUGAUGUCCAAUGUGAAUCGACAGGCCGACAAGCGCGACUUUUUAACAUCUUUCAAGAAAGUGAUCAUGAUGCCGGUGAACAUUCUCCCUAGCUUCGGUACAAAGACAGAAGCCAAGUCAGACUCCGAGACGAAUGGGAACCCUGUCGCACCCAAGAGUCCGAACCGGUUCUCCACCAUUUCAUCACCAGUGACACCAGUCAUUGAAGAAGUACCGACAACUGAACUUGCGGCGAAGGCGGCGAUCAUGAAAACCAAGAUGGAAGGCAUCCGAUCCUUGUUCAGUAUUGAGAUUGCACUGGGCCUCGUUCACUCUGCCAAGUCAAGUCUGGAGAGAGCUGCGCAGUUUGUUCGGCUGGGUGGGGGGUUUGGACGGGCCGCAAAGCAGCAGUGCGAGGCUAUCUUUGUGGAUCUUCUUCGUACCCUAGGCCACCGCCAUGUAAUUAUUGGUUUCGACAAGGCUGUCGAUCACCUCUCGAACUAUCGGCCGCGCGAACAAGAUGAUCGCGAUUCAUCCGGAGUUGAGCCCCUGGUGACUUUCUUGGAGCUGGUCAACGUGGGCGAUCUGAUCUUGCAAAUGGUGGACGUUUUCUACGAGCAAGAACUGAUCGGCACAAGGCUGACCGACCGGAACGAUUUCCUCAAUCCGGCCGUGAAAGAAAAGAAGAAGUUUGAGCAGAUGCUUGAUGAGCGCGUGGCAGCUGGGUUGAACAAAGGUAUUGAUGUCCUCAUGGAAGAAGUAGAUUAUAUUCUUGCUACGCGACAGUUGGCUACGGAUUUCAACCCUGGUGUCUCCUCAGAUCCCCAUCGACAGACCAUGGACGUGAGUCUCAGUGAAGCUGCUAUAGCAGUGGUGAAUGUGGUGUCAUCGCACACACAGAUGCUUGUGGGCAGUACUGACAAGAGCACACUGGAUGUGUUCAAUCAAGAGGUUGGACUCCGUCUAUUCACCGCCCUGUGCAAGCAUCUCAAGCGACAGCGGAUCAGCGUGGAAGGAUCCCUAAAGCUGAUCAGCGACAUGAACCACUACUUCAAAUUCGUCCAGAGUUUGAGGAACCAAGAGCUUCUGCUAUACUUCAAAGCCUUCCGGGAGCUCGCUCAAAUCUACCUGAUCGACCCUUCCGAUGCCAAGGAAUUAGCGACAAUUAUCGCCGAUGCUGAUCGAUUCCAGGGGAUCUGGCGUGUGGAGGAAGUCUACGAGUUUGCAGAACGCAGAGCCGAUUGGUUUCAAGUAAAGAGUGGUGUUGAACGAGCCAUGUACGGCGCUGGGUGCAGCGUGAUGUAA